GGCGGCUGAGAAUAAGGCCUUCGUACGGCAACGGGGACGCUCCGGUAGGCUGGAGCUACGGGCACGGAGCCGUCUUGAGAAAUGAGUGUGAUUUAAUUUAAAGCAAAACUGAGAAAUGCAUUCUCUGUCUGUAUCCAUUCAGACUACUCUUUGAUGGCCAUGGCAUAAGGAACAUUAUCCUGGGAACACAGCUUUGCUCUUGGCACUAAACAAGAUUGGUGAUGAAAUGGAGCCUGGAACGAACUCUUUUCAAGUAGAGUUUCCAGAUUUUUCCAGCACCAUUCUGCAGAAACUAAACCAGCAGCGCCAGCAAGGACAGUUAUGUGACGUCUCCAUUGUUGUCCAAGGCCACAUUUUCCAGGCACACAAAGCCGUUCUUGCUGCCAGUUCUCCCUACUUUUGUGACCAAGUACUCCUGAAAAACAGUAGGAGAAUUGUUUUGCCUGAUGUGAUGAACCCAAGAGUGUUUGAGAACAUUCUCUUGUUCAGCUACACAGGACGCCUUGUCAUGCCCGCUGCAGAGAUCGUUAGUUACUUGACGGCAGCCAGCUUCCUCCAGAUGUGGCACGUGGUAGAUAAGUGCACUGAGGUUCUGGAGGGGAACCCCACCGUCCUGUGUCAGAAGCUCCAGCACGCCAGUGACCACCAGUCUCCCAGCAGCAGUAACUACAACGGUCUGGUGGAGACCUUUGAGCUGGGCUCUGGGGGCCACACAGACUUCCCCAAAGCCCAGGAACUGAGGGACGGCGAGAAUGAAGAGGAGAGUACCAAAGACGAGCUGUCAUCUCAGGUCACCGAGCACGAGUAUUUGCCCAGUAACUCAUCCACGGAGCAUGACCGGCUGAGCACUGAGAUGGCCAGCCAGGAUGGGGAGGAGGGGACCAAUGACAGUGCCGAGUUCCACUACACCCGGCCUCUGUAUAGCAAGCCCAGCAUCAUGGCUCAUAGACGCUGGAUCCAUGUGAAGCCUGAGCGCCUGGAACAGGCGUGGGAUGGCAUGGAUGUGCACGCAGCCUACGAUGAACACCAGGUCACCGAGUCUGUCAAUACCAUGCAGACGGAUCAUGGGACCCAGCCUUCAGGAGCAGAGGAGGAGUUCCAAAUUGUGGAGAAGAAAGUGGAAGUAGAGUUUGACGAGCAAGCAGAGGGCAGCAGCUAUGAUGAGCAGGUGGACUUCUACGGCUCCUCCAUGGAAGAGUUCUCUGGAGAAAAGUCGAGUGGGAAUCUCAUUGGACACAAACAGGAGGCUGGCCUUGCCGCAGGCUACAGUGAGAAUAUAGAAAUGGCCAUGGGGAUAAAGGAAGAGGCAUCUCACUUAGGAUUCUCAGCCACCGACAAGCUGUAUCCUUGUCAGUGUGGAAAAAGUUUCACGCACAAAAGUCAGCGAGAUCGACACAUGAGCAUGCACCUCGGUCUUCGCCCGUAUGGCUGUAGUGUCUGUGGUAAGAAAUUCAAAAUGAAGCACCAUCUCGUGGGCCACAUGAAAAUUCAUACAGGCAUAAAGCCCUAUGAGUGUAAUAUCUGUGCAAAGAGAUUUAUGUGGAGGGACAGUUUCCACAGGCAUGUGACUUCUUGUACCAAGUCCUAUGAAGCUGCAAAGGCUGAGCAGAAUACAACUGAGGCUAACUAAAAAUAGGGUCUGGCCCUUGAGUGGCAUACACAAAAAUAAACUAUGGUAAUUAAUGCAAAUCUGGGCACAGAUGAUGCGUGCCACUUGCUAUUAUGAGAGAGGCUUAAAAAAAAGGAAGAUAUUUCUGAAAGACCAGCUCUAAGUAGGCCAAUUAAAAGAUUUAAUUUCUCAAAUCUAUAUGUUCUCAUCCUGGCCUAGAAUGGAUGAUGGGGAUAAGUUCACCCAGUGCCCAGCUGGCAAGACAGCCCUUCCAGCCAGCAGUGGUUAAGGCAGGAGGACUGGGUGGUAGAAUCUAACCCACUAGUCCUGCCCAGGUGGCAGUGGCUGACUGUCACCAUUGUCCCGAGGUCUUGUUGCAUUUUGUUCUCUCCUGGUAGCUGCAGGGCUUCUGGGCUUUGCUUUGGUAGCUGCAUCACUGGAUGGAUGCUGCUCCCCUCACGGCUACAGCAGGGACUCCUGGGCUGAGCCGUGAGCAGAGCUCUUUUGUCUACUUUCAUCCGUUCUAAAGGUUCCAGCUAAAGCCAUGGCGUUGUUAGACGGAACUUCUGAGUCCAAAGCAGGAGACACUUUCACCGUGCUGCAGACUCUGGAUAAGGCACAGUUUUAUGUUUAAUUCUAAUUGGUUAAAUCUAUGGGUGCCAGAGAUAAGUGUUUCUAGUUGGUGUGUUGUCCUAAGCUUCCUUCAUUUAUUGGCAGGAGGCAACCAGUUUGCAAUGAUGCGUGACAGUACUGGCUAGCAGUGACCUGUGGCUCCCCUGCCUUAGAUCAUGGUGCUUCCCAACAAAGGCAGCCAGGGACCACAGCUCAUGAGACUGAGCCAGAAUGCAUGGCUCAGAGUUCCCUGUGAGCAAGACAUUCCCAUACGUGAGAGGCAGCAACUUAUAAACAGUAGACUUGAGAAAAGGAAUCUUAAAAACACUGGUGUGAGGAGUGCUGUUUGAGAGGUGCGCUCACAGUAUUCUCAGCUCUUUGUGAGAGCUGGGGCGUGGCUUCAAAGGGGAAAGGAGCCCUACACUAAGCAACGUCAUUUACAGAAAGCUGUCUUUACAAGUCCCAGUAGUUUAUGCACACUCGCGUGCGAACGUGCGCACACACAUGCACACACACCACCCCCAUCACCACCACCUCAUUCUGAAAGGACAAGGCUGCCCUUGAGGUCUGUUCUGCAUGGUCAUAUGUUUUAGGUUGGCAAGAAAGCUUGUGUGGAGAAAGCUUUUCAGUACAUGGCAGGCCUGAUGAGGCUGUGGCUGGGUGGGGGUCUAGUGUGCUUUCCUUUACUGGAGUAAUACACUGAGCACAGCAGCUUAGGGAGGUUUAUGUCAGCUCACACUACCAUCAUUGAGGAAACUCAUGGCAGGAACUUGAAUAUUGAUAGUCCAGACAGUUGGCCAGACAUGCCCACAGGCCACUCCCUGAACUGAGACUCCCACUGACUCUAGGCUGUGUCAGAGCUAGCUAGACAGUAGGGCAGGGUGUUGCUCCUGUAUCAUCUGUUUUAUUCUUAAAGUUUGGCUUUCUCUAACAUGACAGACAUUUCUGGCAAAAGCCUCUGAUCUUAAGGCUCUGACACGAAGGAUGUACCUUUAACCUUUUUCUGGAAAGAAAGAAAAUAUGGACUCGACAGUAAACGUUUAUGAUCAAGAUUACAAAACAGGGAUCUAGUUAUAAACACUGUAUCAGUCUUGGCAUAUAAAAGCACUUUGUAUUAUUAUAAGUAUAGAUGUAGGUUUUUUUUUUUUAACCUAGAAACUAGAUAUUACCUCCUAGUGGUUUGCUACAUUCAGAUGAUCUCCCAGUGUCUGCCAGUCAGCAGCCCUCCUCGUCCCUGAGAAGUGAAUAGAGACGUACAGUCACACUCAUGUGCCUCCUACUCUUUACACAUGAGAGGCCAGUGGGUUUAGGGGUGACCCUGAGCUGGGUGAGGGCAAAGUGGUUUGGCUUCUUAAUAUUUCUACACUGAGGCAGUUAAGCCAUUCUCUUGUCAGAAGUAACCCUCAUGUUCACGCCUUCUGCCUGUUGAACAGAUCCAUGAGCUGUCUCCCCUUUGCAGUCUGUUCGUACAAGAGCUGAGACCCUUGCAGGGCAGGGGGUAAAAGAAACACUAUAGGGACACCCUGGUCCUUGGGUUGUACUGAGUCAGUAACCCUUGUCGUGAUGCUGACAAAGCUUUUGUUUGGUUGGAAUGUGGCAGACCCUGUGAGAAGGUGGGGUGUCUGAGGUCCAGAAGGUUAAGAUGAAGCUUCUGACCUCCCUUUCCCAUUAGAGAGCCUGUCUGGGAGCCUGCCCUGUUACAGUACUUGUCUCUCCCUCUCCACUGCUUGACUCGUGGUGGGCAGCACUGUCCAGUGUUUCAGAGAUUCCAUCAGUGGCUCUCCAGCACGCGUAUGUCUCCACUCUUAGCCUUGGCUGGGUUUCUACAGUCCUCAUACAAAGGGCUUCAAGGCCCUGCUGGUUGAAUUUCAUAAUCUGCAGGCACCAUGCCUUCAGUCCUGGAGACAGAUGUCACAGGAGCUCCUCCUGUGCCCUGGCCCAUGACCUAGGAUUUCUGUUCUCACCCCCUCCGCCCACAUUCUUCGAGCCUACCCUAAAGGCUGCCCUCCAUUUCAGGACACAUUUCCUGAACUCCUCUGACCCUGGGCAGGCUUUUAGCUGUUGGGAAAGCUGCUUGCUACAGUGGGUGGCAUACCCUGAGAAGUUGAGGAACAUUCUUGGAAAGGUGUACUGGGGCCCCAAGGUCGGGGUGGAGCUUUGCCUCGCCCACAGAUGUGGUUGCUCCCUGUAUUCUCAGAUACUUUGGGAAUGCUGAGGACCUUGGGCCAGGCUGCCCUUGGCCUCCUGGGAUCUAGACUGCUUUGACUGGUAAACUGACUUUAACCGGUGAAUCCUGGGUUGCUUUGCGUUUUGUUUUUCUUUUCUCUCUCUCUAUUUACAUAUUUAAAGGUACUAGUUUGCAAACCUACUGAUAGUGCCCUGUGGGAAGAUGCUGGAACACCAUUUGCAAAUGUGAUUUUUUUUUUCUUUUUAAAUGUUGCUUGAAGCCUGUGUCAUGUCAGUUGCUGCUGCUCCUUUUCUUUUUAUGAGGUUCCCAAUGUUUCUUCUGAAAAUUAUUUUAUUUAUGCAAGUCAGGUACCGCUUAGGCCACAGACCCAUGGGAUGAUAGGCAGACUGUCGUUAGGUGCAUAUCAUGGAUACUUGUGACCCAUAUGUGUUUUAGAAGUUAAAUAGUUCUUCCUAGAAUUGCUGUCUUCAGUGUACAGCGUGGUUUUAAUUGAAUGUUACUGUUUAAUAUUUUCUUCUUAUAGAAGAGACCAUGUCCUUUUGUAUGACAAGUUUUAAUAAAUGUUACCUGUCCAUUUUGUACAAA